AUGGUUGAAAAGGUACUCCAGCUGAAGUGCAACUGCAAUGAAUACGGAUGGGGCAAGCAAGGCAGGAAGUCACUAGCGGCGACAUUGUGCGAGAAGACUCCUGGAACAGACUUCAAGCUCGAUGAAAAUACCACCUACGCUGAGAUGUGGAUGGGAACAUACCCAGAUCUUCCUUCAUAUGUCCUGUCAACCGGCGAAGACCUUCAAGAUGUUCUCGACAAGCAUCCAGAUGAACUCAUUGGCAAGAACAUUGCCAACAAAUUCGGACACACGAAGCUCCCCUUUCUCCCAAAGGUCUUGUCAAUAGCCAAGGCGCUACCUCUACAGCUACAUCCUAAUAAAGACCUUGCAUCGAAGCUACAUGUAAAGAGUCCAAACCAGUUCACAGAUCCUAAUCACAAGCCAGAGAUCGCGUUAGCUCUGGGUGAUUUCGAGGCGUUCUGUGGUUUCAAACCUCUGAAGGACAUCGAGCGCUUACUCCAGCUUGAACCACUCAAGCAGUUCCUUCCGCAAGUCAAAAAGCCAGACUUCGAUGACCAGUCACUCAAGCAUGUCGUCAGCACAAUGCUGAAGGCAUCUGAGGAGACUGUACGCGAAACCAAUGAUGCUCUGACGAAGCUCCCGAAGGAUGCAUUUGGUGAGGACAAAUACAUCCCUGGAAUGAUCCCUCGACUAUCGGAGCAGUAUGACAAAGCCGACAACGGAACGUUGGUAGCGCUGGUAACGAUGAACUACCUGCAGCUCAAGGAAGGCGACAGCAUCUAUAUUCCGGCCGACGGCAUCCACGCCUACCUUUCUGGCGAUAUCAUUGAGUGCAUGGCUCGAUCAAACAACGUUCUGAACACAGGGUUCUGCCCACGCGCCGACCGCGACUCGGUCGACUUGUUUUGCUCGGUCCUGACAUUCACACCGCACCAUGUCAAGGAGGCCAUACUACCCUCGCAGAAGUUCAAUAGGAGCAAGAAGGGCAAGACGAAGCUAUAUGCUCCGCCACUCGCCGAGUUCAGUAUGUUGGCGACUACGCUGGGCGAUGGCGAGUCAGAAACAAUUGGCAAGCUGGGCGGUCCGAGCAUCAUGAUCGUAACGGAAGGCGAGGGAACGCUAACAGCUGAUGGGAAAGAACACGACCUGAGCGAAGGUUAUAUAUUUUUCGUCGGCCCGGACGUGGAAGUUGAGUUCAACGCUACAAAGCAAAUCAAGGCGUUCACAGCUUUCGUUGAGUAG